GUCAGACUCACUUCCUAACCCCACCUCGCCGCACCUACGCCGCGCCAACUCGCCACCGCGCCUUCUUGAGCUCGAGGGCCAUCUCUCUCUCUCUCGCCACCUCACCGUCGACUACGUCUGUCGCUGAAUCUCAGGGAGCGCGUGUGUCUCCUUCUCUCUGCGUUUUCUCAUACGUGCGAUUGCUCCUGAUGGGCUCUGAUGGAAGUAAAAGAUCAAUGGCUCCUCGGACUCUCAGUGUUAGAAAGUUUGCAGAAUCUAGAGCUGCUGAAGUUGAGAAUCUGCACUCCGUCGUAGCCGACAGAUUAAGCAAUAAUUUUCGCUCUCGAAGGAAUAAGAGGAGGAGAACCACUGCCCAUGAAAACCAACUGGCCAACAGAAGGCAUAGGCAGAAGCAAAAGGAUUCUCAGGUGGCUGGUGCUGAUCGCAAUCCUGCAGCUCCAGGCAAUGUUCCUCGACGUGUACGACGCAGAAAUGAGCUGAAACAAAAUCCCCAGAGUGGUUUCUGUACAUCAGGGGAUGGAACUAGGAGACUUAGAACUCAUGUUUGGCAUGCGAAGCGGUUUACUAUGACCAAGUUGUGGGGCUUUUACCUUCCUCUCGGUUUGCAGGGCAGAGGGAGGGGUUCAAGAGCUCUCUUGAAGUGGUAUAAGCAAGGAGUAGUCAUCCAUGACGCUAGUUACCAUUUUGAUGUCCAGUUGGAGGGUCCUCAGGAUUCUUUGAUUUCGGUGUUAGAUAGAGUACUAGUUCCAUCUCCGUCUGCUCAUCCAAUAGACAUAUCUCAGUCAAUUCUUUCUGGUGUUACAUAUGGAAGGGCUAUGCUUCACCAUGUUGGAACACCUCUUUCCAAGCCAAUUGCUCCAGUUAUUUAUAUGUGGAGAUGUUUGGACCAGCAUAAUACUGGUAAAGGUCAGCAGGAUUGCGCUGUAAAUGGCGAAGGUGUGCCUGAGAAUAUCGAUGGCUCUGUUCCAUUUCGUCGGCUAUGGGUCUGGGUACAUGUAUCAGCCUUUACUGAAGGAUAUGAUGCUCUAAAGUGUGCAUGUCAAAAGGAGAUGGAUGAAUUUGGUAGUUUGAUCCAUUGCUCUUCGCUCGAGGGUCAUCUUACAAAGUUGGAAGUUAUGGGAUCAGGUGCUUUUAAGCUUCUUCGGAAGAUUUUACAUCCAAUAAAAGAUGUUUUAGAAAGGCCUUUUCAGUUGAAGAAGCAUUCUUCUGUCGAGGCUAGUAAGGAUGAAAAGAAGAUGGAACGUGACUUGCUUCACAGUGAGGACGGUUUCCCUUCAUGUGCAAUUCUAUCUCUUAAUGUCAAGGAUCCUCGGGAAUACAAGGAUGAAGAAACUGUUAGUGAUUCAAAAAUGAUAGCUGUUAACACAGUUGACGAGGUUUUAUCACAUGUAACUGAAAAGCAGCCAUCAAUGACACAACCUUUUGCCAAAGGAGGAGGUUUAUUCCUAUUGUCACAGGCACAUCAUGAUUUGUGGGAUGUUUCUUCAGGAAUAAGAACCCCAAUUGAAGAGAAUGUUCUUCACACGGAGAGGCACAAGAAGCGCAUGGAUUUCUUGUGCUUGGAUAGUUUUAAUUCCGGGAUGACAAAUUCUUUACAUAGGUCGCAGUCUUCAAGAUCCUGCCCUAUAGUGCUUCUAAGAAAUGGGAGCGCAGAUGACCAUCUUAAAGGAUGGUCAAUCAUACUCCCUUUGAGUUGGGUCAAGGCCUUCUGGAUUCCUUUUAUUUCAAAGGGGGCUCAUGCGAUAGGUCUGAGGGAGAAGCACUGGAUUGCAAACAAUGCUUACAUGCCCUACUUUCCAUGGGAUUUUCCUGAUUGCAAUGCGUAUACAUCCUUUAUGGCAAUCGAAGCUGUUGCUUCUCAAUCAAAAGCAGAUUGCCGUCCUCCUGCAGUCAGAGCUCUAAAAGGUCCCAUUCCACCUCCGUGGAGUGCUAUUUGCCCUUUUGACAAAGCAUAUACUGCUAGGCUAGAUACUCUGAUCUCAAGUGAAAGAAGCACAAGCAACAGCAGUUCUGCAUCAAGCUUGACAAAUAGUAGCUCAGGUGUGACGUCAUCCAGACUUCAAGAUCAUUUGUGUGGUUUUAGGGGUUCUGUAGUCAGAACAAACAAGGAGCUGACCUGCUUCCUUAAAGAUUAUUACGGGGGUCAUUCAUUUUUAUUUCCUUACAAAAUGGUGAGCGAUAGGAGUUUCUUGAAGGCUCCGAAGGCCAAGAGCAAUGUUGGCGGAUUGGCAAAUGGGAUCUCUCUAAUCAUGGCUCUUCGUGACUUAUGUUUUCUAAGGGUGACACUGCAUGCCUUAAAGGAAGGUUUCUUCGAAGAAGGAGCAAUUGUAUGUGCGCCUCGUUUCACCGAUAUAUCAUCAAGGGCUUCGAGGCUUGAAAACAACAAAAUUGGUCUACAAAUGCCACAGUCAGCUGCAGCAUCAUACUUCAAAGAGGUUUGUCCUGGGGAAUGGGAAAUCCAAGUGCCAGAGGACCCAAUUGCUAGGGAGAGUCACCGUUGGCCUAUUGGAUUUGUCACAACGGGAUUCGUUCGGGGCAGCAAGAAGCUGACAGCAGAAGCUUUUUGUGAGGUAAACUAUUUAGCUCAUCUUAGAGAGGAGCAGUGGACAGAGAUGCACGUGGAACGGAGGAAAAGGGAGAUAUAUGUUCUAGUCAGGAAUAUGAGGUCUUCAGCAUAUAGACUUGCUCUAGCCACUAUUGUUCUGGAACAGAAGGAAGAUGAUUUGGAAUUCAUGUAAGAUGGCGGUAUCCUGUUUUUACCUGAUGACACUGGAUAAGCUGGUAAGUGUAGGACAAUUUUGAGUUUGCAUUCAGUAUAUAUGCAGCAUCGAUCUAUGAGUUUUUGGAGUCUAUUUCUUCUGAGGACAAGGAGCUAGCGAUAGAUACGAAAGCCUGGUUCUUUUGAGUUUCUCAGAUACCUGCUUCUCCUGAGGUUUUCACAAAAUUUCAAGAGGUGUCAAAGCUAAAGGAUAAUUUAAGAAGUGAGGAGAAAGCAGCAACAGUUUUGUUAGAGUGUGUCUACCUCUUUUUUGUUGGAACUUUUUUUUGGGUCUAUCUUUUUUGUUAUAUUAAAUAACCUAUGACUGGGGAGUCAUGGAAGAGGCAAAGAAAAUGUAAAUAAUUUGAGGUUUUAUUGAAGAGUGCCGAGAGAGCAUCAUUGGUACAGCUCCAGCGUCCCGAGGAUUGUACAACCCCAGUUUAGGCUCUCAAAUAUUGCCUGAAUCAUUAGCUGAUUAGGUUGUGCUCUAUACUCAUGGAGUUGACUCUCUUUCAACAGUGGGAACUCAUGCCUCAGUUUUCGACGGUUCACUUCUGUUUGAAGGAUGUUAGUUUUAAUGU